AUGCCCCUCAGGAACCACCCACCUCCACCCCGCCGACGACGACGGAUCCACAAGAUCCUCAUCGCCAACCGCGGCGAAAUCGCCACGCGCAUCCUCACGACCUGCCGCGAGUUACACCUGGAAACCUACGCCCUCUACACGGACCACGACGUCUCGCACACUUGCCACGCCCAGCAUGCGCUGCGCCUGGAAUCGCCCGCCGGGUACACGGAAAUCGAAACGCUCGUGAGCAUCGUGCGCGAGUAUGGCAUUGAUGCCGUGCAUCCUGGGUAUGGGUUCUUGUCGGAGAGUGCGGUUUUCGCGGAAAGGUUGGAGGCGGUGGGGGUGUUGGUUGUGGGGCCUGGGAGUGCGGUUCUGAGGCGCACGGGGGACAAGGUGGCUGCGAGGCAGUUGGCGGAGGGGUGCGGGGUUGCUGUUUUGCCUGGGUUUUUUCACGACGAGGAGGAGGAGGGGGGAGGAGAAGGGACGGGGGAGGUGAUGAUGAUGAGGAGGAUGAGGGAGUUUGUUUCGCGGGUGGGGUUUCCGGUCAUGAUCAAGGCGGUGGAUGGGGGUGGCGGGAGGGGGAUCCGGCUUGUGCGGCGGGCGGAAGAACUGGAAGGGGCGGUGCGGAGGGCGGUGGAGGAGAGUGCGUCGCGGCGGGUGUUUGUGGAGAAGGCGGCGGUGGAGGGGUAUCGGCACGUGGAAGUGCAGAUCCUGGGGGAUGGGCGGGGCGGGGUGCGGCAUCUGUGGGAGCGGGAAUGUUCGAUCCAGCGGCGGUAUCAGAAGGUCGUGGAGGUGGCGCCGAGUCGGUGUGCGGAUCGCGAGGUGGUGCGGCCCGUGAUUGAGGCCGCGGUGCGGAUUGCACAGGGGUUGGCAUAUCUGAGUCUGGGGACGUUUGAGUUUCUGGUGAAUCCGACGACGGAGGAGUGGUUUUUCCUGGAGAUCAAUCCGCGCUUACAGGUGGAACACACGAUUACGGAGGCGAUCUGUGCGGAGGACCUCGUCAAGGCGCAGUUGAGACUGGCCCAGGGGGCUUCGUUGGAAGAGAUCGGGCUGGGCAGUCUGGAACAGGACGCUCUGCUCGUCCCGCGCCAGCACGCGAUCCAACUGCGCGUGACGGCGGAAGAGCCGGCGAAGCAGUACGCGCUGAGCAUCGGCAAGCUGCACUCCUUCCGCUUCCCCUCGGGCGUCGGCACGCGCGUCGACACCGCCCUCGUCGCCGGCGCGCCCGCGCCCGCGAUCGUGACCUCGGACUUUGACAGCGUGCUCGCCAAGAUCAUCAUCACCGCGCGCACGUGGCCCGACGCCGUGAGCAAGGCCCGCCGCGCCCUCGAGGACACCGCCGUCGCCGGCAUCCCGACCAAUCUCCCCUUACUCCGCGCUGUCGUCGCGCAUCCCGAUUUCGAAGCCGGGAACUGCGAUACCCAAUGGCUGGAAUCGAAGCACGACGAACUCCUCGCCCGGAGUCGGCAGUAUCCCGAUGUCAAGGAUCCCUUCCACGCUCUCGUCCCAUCCUCUACCCCCUCAGCUGCGCUCGCAGCAGUAGGAGGCACGUCCUCCUCCGCCGGUCCUGCCCUCUUCAAGAAGAACGACGCCUGGAAACUCGUCCUGAAACCCCUACCCACCUCCUCCACGGGAGGCAGAGAGGAAGAAAAGGCAGGAGAAGCACAAACGCACCACCUCUCCCUCCAAACACUCCACCAAAACGACUUCCCCACCGCCCUCACCGCCCUCAUCCACUACACGACCCCAGCCUCGAAAUCCCCCCAGCCCUACCACCUCACCCUAACUUCCACCCUCGCCUCCGCCUCCGCCCUGUCCACCCCCCACCCCCAGGGCGACCCUUCCAACCCGGCACACAUCACGCUGCCCCUGAGCGGGAAACUGGUCGAGGUCCUGGUCGACGCCGGCGACGUGGUCAAGGCCGAAGACGUCAUCUGCGUGAUCAAGCAGAUGAAGAUGGAAGUCGAAGUGCGCAGUCACCGGGCUGGGGUGGUGAUUUGGGCGACGGAAGCGGCUGAUGGCGAGGAUGUUGCUGAGGGCAUGUUGCUUGCUGUCGUCGAGGAGGAGGAGAAGAAGGUCGUCGCUUCUUCUUCUUCUUCCUCUUCCAAGUUGUAA